AUGACACUACUUCACUUCCCUUUCCUUUGUCUCCCCUCACCGCACCACAUUCUCAGCUUCCAUUCCUCCUUGCUCCUCAUCCUUAUCAUCAUUUCCCCAUCCCUUGCUGGCCUGGCGUCCUCGGACGUGGCGCUGCUGUGCUCGCCUGUGUCAUUCAUCGAUCAUCUCACCGCCUCGCUUGCUGCUCUCCUCUUCGCCUCGUCGCUGCUGCUGCCGCCGCCUCGCCUGCUGCUGCACUCCCCCGCCUCGCUCUUGCGCAUCCUGCAGGUCAGCACGCACACCGCACCGCAGCCCUGCGCAGGUGCAGCGUGGCACAGCAUCCUAGCUGCUGCAGCAGCGGCUGAUAUGGUAACACCCCUUACACAAGUGGUGGCAGCAGCAGCAGCAGCAGCAGCAGCAGGAGGGACAGAAGGGGCAGGAUCAGCAGCAGCAGGCAAACCAGCUGAUGCAGCAGCAGGUGUAUCAAAGAGUGGAGGGCGCAGCGGCAUGCAGGGAUUGCGAGUGGUGGUGAGCAGUGGAGAGCCGUUGACAGUGGCUCUCGUGCACCAACUGCAACCCCUGCUGCACCCCUCAUGCCGCCUACUCAACCUCUACGGCUCCACUGAGGUGUCGGGUGACUGUCUCUUCUUCGAUGCCUCGUCACUGCUCGCCCACCACCGCCACUCUGCCUCUCCCUCCCCAUCCUUGCCCAUGCCUCCAAUCACCAACCCUGAAACCAACACCACUAGUGCCGGCGGCAGCACCAGCAGCAGCACCAUCAGCAGCAGCAGCACGGUUGCAGUGGUGCCGGUGGGGGUGCCGCUACCACACACGUGGGCAGCAGUGCUGGACCCACACACACUGCAGCCUCUCCCCCCCGCAUGCAUGGGCGAGCUCUAUGUGGCUGGCGUGGGGCUCGCUGCAGGCUACCUAGACGACCUCGUGCUCCCAGGGGGAAGGGGAGGGGGGGAAUCAUCCCUUUACUCUGCUCCUCCUGCUGCUGCUUCUGCUGCCGCUCUUGCUAAUGCUGCUGCUGCCCCCGCACCUGCUGCAUUUCCUUCCGCUACUGCUGCGUUCGUCCCUGUCCCCGCCCAUCUCACCGCCUCUGCGCGCGCUGCAUUGCUCAGCCCCAUCGGUGGCACUGCUGUGGGCUCUACAGAGGGCGAGGGCGCAGGGGGAAGGGUGAGUGGCGGAGAAAAUGGGAGAGGCACGUGCGAGUGGGAGGGGGGUGGGGAGGAAGCGGGUGGAUGCGCUAGGGGGGGAGGUCCUGUGAUGAUGUAUCGCACUGGUGAUGCUGCUGCGUUUUUUCCAUGCCCCUCCUCACACCCCAUGCGUCACCACCGCCCAGUGGACAAGGGGCAAGAGGGGUGUGAGGGGCAAGGGUUGCGUGAGGGGGAAGAGCGACGUGAGGGGCAAGGGUUGCGUGAGGGGCAAGAGCGACGUGAGAUGCAAGAGCGACUUGAGGGGCAUGAAGGCCAUGAGCAGGGGAGGACGGGUGGGGUUUUUGUGGUGUACGGGCGGCAGCAGGGGCAGAGGGUGGUGAAGGUGGGGGGUCGCAGGGUGCAUCUGGGGGAGGUGGAGGCUGCCUUGCAGCUCCACCCUGCUGUGGCCCGCGCUGCUGUCAAACUCUGCCCGCUCCAUCACCCUCCUCCUCCUCCUCCUCCUCCUCCUCCUCCUCCUCCUCCUCCUUCAUCUCCCGGACUACCUUUGCCCCCCAUUGAGUCUCCCUCCCUUAGAGUGCCUCAGCUUGUGGCGUUUGUGCAGUGGAAGCAGUGGGGGCAGAGCAAGGAGGGCAAGGGGGGAAACGAGAAGAAUGGAAGGAAAGAGAGCAAGUCUAGGAGCAGAAUGCAGCAACGCAGUGAGCAUGAGUAUGAGCAUGGCCCUGUUACGUCCCUGCAUGCACAGCCGCCGCGCACACUGGCCCUGGCACAGCGGAAGGCGGCUUUUGAGAGCCCUUGGAGCACGCUUGUGACACAGCAGCAGAACGCACAGCCACAGCAAGAGGCGCAGGCUGAGGCAGCGUUAGGUGCAAAGGCAGAUACCACAACAGUGACAGCGACAGAGGUAGCGGCAUCGGCAGCCGCAAAAGCAACAAUUGAGGAAAAAGGGGAGGAAGGGGAGGAAGGGGAGAGCGAGGAGGCGAUGAUAGCAGCACUGGGGUCCCGGCUGCUUGCAUGGGCACGGGGACAGCUGCCAGCCGCUCUCAUCCCCGCUCGCAUCGUCUCCCUGCCUGCCCUGCCACUCUCUGCCACUGGUAAGGUCGACCUUUCCGCCUUGGCCCUGCCAUGCCCCACAGCCACUGAAGGGAGGAGUAUGCGACAGGGAAAGGGUGAGCGAGGGUCGAGGGAAAUGCUAGCGGUGGCGGCACAGGAGGGAGCUGAGCAGCAACGUGGGUGGAAGGGGGGCGCAACGGCAGGGAGUGGCAGGGAAGCAGCAGCAGCAGCAGAAGCAGGAAUGUCAGGUUAUGGCAGCGUUACUCUUGCGCGCAUACAGGAGGCAGUGGCCUGCUCGUUGCAGAUACCACCCUCCCUGGUUGCACCUGACUCUGAUUUCUUCUCCCUGGGUGCGUCGUCUCUCUCCCUUGCCCUCGUGGCACUUCGCCUGGGCGUCACCCUGCCGAUGCUGCUCGCCUUCCCCUCGCCUCUGCGCCUCAUGCAUGCGCUGAGGGGGGAAGGAGGUGGCAGGGGGGUGCUGGAGGGGCGUGGAGGGAGGGAGGGGUUCGUGAAAGGGAGAAUUGAGGAAGGGAGAGUAGAGGAAGGGGGAAUUGAGGAAGCGAGAAUAGAGGAAGGGGGAAUUGAGGAAGCGAGAAUAGAGGAAGGGGGAAUUGAGGAAGCGAGAAUAGAGGAAAGGGGAAUUGAGGAAGCGAGAAUAGAGGAAGGGAGAGUAGAGGAAGGGAGAAUCGGGAAAGGGAGAAUAGAGGAAGGGAGAGAAGUGGAAGGGCAAAGGGAGAAAGGGAGAGAAGUGGAACGGAGAGCAGAGGAAGGGAGAAUAGUGGAAGGAAGAAUUUUGGAAGAGAGAGAAGUGGAAGAACGAGGUGAUUGGUGGGGGGAGAGGAGAGAGGGAAGGGCAAAUGGGAGAGGAGACGUUGGAAGGGCAGAGGAAGCCAAGGGGAGUGCAGGAGGGCGAGGGGUGAAGCGGAAGAGGAAGGAGAUAAAAGGCACGAUGGAUGUCAACGCUGCCGUGGCUCUAGUGGAUAGGGACAGCACGAUGCUGAGAGAUACUGGCACAGGCGGUGAGCAAAGUAGAGCAGUAGCAGCAGCAGCGCUUGUGAGUGUGACACGAGCAGGAGGAGUAAGCGUGUGGGACAGUGGAGGCGUGCUGGUGUGGGGGAGUGAGGAGGGAAUCGUGUGUGCUGCCAUACAUGCUGCUCAUGCCUUUCCCACCCACCUCCUCUCAAACUUCUCCCAUACACACUGUGCCCCGCCCUCCAUUUGUUGCCAAGUUCCCUGUCUGUUUCUGCCUGGUCAUUCGCCCCAUCACUCCCUCUCAACCGCACUCUCAAGUCCCCUCACUCCGCUCUCACUCUUCCCCUCGCUCCUCCCCCCGCCCACCCCACCCGCCCAUCGCCCCUCAUCCACCUCUCCCUGUGGCGUGCGGUCACCAUGCAGUGGCAAGGAGGUGUGGCGCACAGCCGUGGGCGACAGGGUGGAAGCCAGUCCUGUAGCCAUGCUGCUGCUGCCUCCGCACACAGCAGCAGCCACUGCCAGUGGAGGGGCAAGCGCGUCUCAAGGCACGGCAAAGGAAUCGGGAGGAGAGCAGCAAGGAGGAGGCGUUAGAGGCGUUGACGACACCAGCAGCAGCGAAUCGCCUCUGGUGUGUGUGGGGGCACUGUGGCUGGUAAAAAGCUCGUCUUCUUCCGCCCCAAGCAAGCUCGUUCACAAUUCCCCACAUCCCCACCCUGCCUUCCACCUCCUCUCAUCCCCCCUACCCGCUCUUCCCUCCCCCAUCCCCUUUCCCCGCUCCCCCCUCCCCCCGCCCCCAUCCAACCUCUUUGUACGCAGUACCCUGCCCUCCCUUAUUCUUCCUCCCCCACACCACUCGUCCCUCUUAACCCCCUCGUGCCUCCCAUCCCGCUCUCUCCGCACCCACCCCUCCCUCGCGCAGCCAUCUCGGCAUGUCAUCAUAAGCACCACAUCCCCACGCGGCACUGUAGCUGCCUGCCGUUCCUCUCCCUCCUCCUCCUCGCCCUCCUCCCCCACGGCUUCCCCUACUCAUCCCCGUGCCGCUCGCACUGCCUGUGGUAGUAGCGGGGGGGUGGGGAUUGGUGCAGACAGUGGCAUGGGGAGAGGGAGCGAGGGAAGUGGGAGGAGCGGAUGGGGGGGAGGGGUGGCAGCGCAUGGGUUGGCAGUGGUGUGGCAGCAGGCAGUGGGUGCGCCAGUGUUCUCCACUCCUGCCUGUGUCCGUGAGCACGUGGUGGUUGCCACCGUGGCUGGCACUGUAGCAGGAGUCAAUGUGUCCUGUGGUCGCAUAGACUGGCAGGUGGCAGUGGGAGCGCCAGUGUUUGCACCCGUGGCACACAUGGGCAGUGCAAGGAGUGCAUGGCCCGUGCAACAUGUGCUUGUAGCUGUGCAGAAUGGGGCCGUUCUUUGUAUGGAUGGGGGCGUGUUCACUGGCAAUGGCAAGUGCCUGCAGCCCCACAUCAUGCGCCUUCUUCGAAACCUCCCACCCUUUCCAUUGCCGCCGCUGUGUGUCGUGAUGUAA